UUUUGAUUACACAGUGAUCUAUCAUUAGAAAUAUAGGAAAGCGAAUUCAAUUAUGUAUGUUUUUCAUUGAUGUUUCUGAUCAAACAGUAAUCUAUCAUCAGAAAUAAGAAAGUGAAUUCAAUUGUGUAUGUUUUUUUAGUGACAUUUCUGAUCAAACAAUGAUCUAUCAUCAGAAAUAAAUAUAUUUUUCAUCGAUGUUUCUGAUCACACAGUGAUCCAUUAUCAAAAAUAUGAAAAUGAUAGGUUAUUGAGUUUCUUAUCAAACGGUGAUCUAUCAUCAGAAAUAAGAAAGUAUAUAUUUUACAUCGACAUUUCUGAUCACACAAUGAUCCAUUAUCAAGAAUAAAAAAGUGAUAGGUCGUCAUUGAGAGGAUACAGAUCUCAAAUGGUUAGCAUCUGUUUUACAAAAGCAAUAGCUUCAUACUAUCAGCAACAAGGGAAGAUGACUCAAGGAUUUGAAGAAAUGGGUACUUAUGUAGAAGAUGAUGCCUUGCUAGGGGUGGAUUCACAGUUGCAGGGAGUGGAUGGAGAGGGUGAUAAAAGACGAGUGAUGAUUGCAGUUUGGAUCUGUAACUUGGCCAACAUUCUGCUUUGUAUUGGGAAAAUAUAUGCAUCAGUAAGAAGUGGGUCUUUGGCUAUAAUUGCUUCCACAAUGGACUCUGGUUUGAAUGUGUUGUGUGAGUGGAUUCUCUGGUUCACUGCAAUUUCAUUGAAGAGAUCUGAUCCCUACAUCUAUCCAAUUGGGAAACAAAGGAUGCAACCAUUGGUAGGUGUGGUGUUUGCUUCACUUGUGACAACAUUAAGCUUACAAAUAUUAUUAAGAUCUUUUCAAGAACUUUUGGCAAAGGAACAUGGGUUUUCUUUAGAUGGGAAUGAGCAAAAAUGGGUAGUUGGCCUCAUGUUAUCAAUCACCAUUGUGAAGUCAUUGCUUGCAAUCUAUUGCCACUCUUUCAAAAAUGAGCUUCUCAAGUUAUAUGCUCAAGACCACCUUUCUGAUAUCAUCAUCAAUGUGAUAGGCCUCCUUGCUGCUAUUCUAGCCAACAAAGUGUUUUGGUGGGUAGACCCUGCUGCAGCAAUCUUGCUAUGGCUCUACAUAGUCAAGACAUGGUCCAUUAUAGUGUUAGAUAGUUUAAACUCAUUGAUUGGGAAAACAGCUCCUCCUGAUUAUCUGCAGAAGCUUACAUGCCUGUGCUUCAAUCACCACAAGGACAUAAGGUAUAUUGAUACUGUGAGAGCUUACACUUUUGGUUAUUAUACUUACUUUGUGGAGGUAGAUAUUGUGCUACCCAGAGACAUGCCCCUUCAAGAAGCUCACCAAAUUGGAGAAUCACUCCAGGAAAAGUUAGAAUCUCUUCCUCAUAUACAACGUGCCUUUGUGCAUUUGGACUAUGAAUAUAGUCAUAUGCCAGAGCAUGGGAAAAGGAAUAUCUAGUUCUGUGGUUUGAUAGCUUUGUAAAAAAUUUGAAUGUGUACUAUUAGAAGUUGUAACUCUGCUUAAGGCUGAUAAGAUGUGAAGGUUUGAAGAUGAGAUAUUGCUUUCAAGCAGGAAAGAUUAUCAAUCUAGUAAUCAGCUGAUGUAUAAAUUUAAAAUCAUGUAGUAUUCUAAAGAAUAUUUG